CGGAUCUGAAAACACACCCCAAGCUAAAGAAAAGACUCGAAAGUCUAUGCUUACACAAAGAGACAAGUAAUAAUGAUUAUGGCAUUCCAGGAUACAUGUGGAUCUGCCAUGGCAGGUUUAGCUUUUUGUUUGGAGAUAAUGCAGUGCACCUAAAAAUGAAUGGGUCUUCUUCUUAUUCUGUCAUUGUCCCUUCUUGGCAUUGUCUCGAGGCAUCUUUUCUCCCUCCAUACAUACUUCAACUGCAGUUGGCCAAGCUAUUGCAUUGGGAUUUGUUCCAGUAGAGUCUGUGUAGAGAAUCUUGAGGUGCUCCUCUGCCUCAUCAGCAAGGAAUGCUGAGUUCCAUCUUUCCAUAGCACAGGAGUGAAGCUGAUAGAAGACUUCAGAUUUCUUCAGCUAAUAUCAAGGGGAAGAGGAUGGAUGGACCCUGUAAUCUUCUUCUUCUUCUUCUUCUUCUUCUUUACUGGACUAGAAAGUGGGCUGCUUAUAUUUCCUCCAGAUGACAAAACAUUUACUGUCAAUUUCUUUUCUUAGGUGUUGAUCUUUGUUUCACCAAGAAACAUCCUUCCGUGCUUCUGAGAGUUACUCAAGUUCCCAUACAGAGCAGUUUCUUUGGAAGAAACUGGUUGAAAACCUCUCACCUCCUCAAAUAGUUUGUGGAAAUGAUCUACUGAAUCCUUUUAAUAUGCAGGACUGAGCUCAACAUGAAGAAUCAUAGUCUCAGACUGUUUAGAAUACCUACUCUUCUGUUGCUGAACAUGAGACUGAUCUAAUCUUACUUGUUUGUCAUCACCUUUCUUCCGAUAGGCAGAGUUGCUGCAGACUGAAUAAUCUGGUAGAGCUUUUUUGCCUAACAAAAAGAAGCUCAGAUGGGUACAAUCAAGAAGAUUAGCUGACUGAUAAGUAGCCUAGCUUUUGGAGGCAACCUGAAUUCCUAUCCUUUGCUUGAUUCAAUCAACUUGCAACACUAGUUCUUGCAGGUUUUCAUUCAGUUCUUGGAAGACAGAAUCUGAAGCAGACAAUAGAGUCCAGAAGUUGCAGUGUCUUGAACUCCAUUCUUGAUGAGUGAUGUCCUGAGGCGUGCAGAAAUUUAGUUCUUGGCACUAUCUUAAGCAUCUUUCCUCUUCAUGUAUGUAUGUAUACAUGAACUGCAAUUGGCCAAGACACAAGAUGCCAAAUGAUCAUUAAAUGAUGAGAUGCUCAGCUCGAUCAAUCAACCAUUGUUUAGGAUCAUUUCUUCUUCAAAAGAUUAGCCAAGAAUAGCAAGAAUCCAAAACAAAAUUGGCCUUAUCCAAUAGAGCAUCCCAAGUAUCACUCCCCAAACAUCAUCUUCACUCCAUUUCUGAAAACCCAUGGAGAGAUGCAUGAAGCAGUAUGACAAGGACUACAUGGAAAUGAAAACGAUCAUGUUAAAGCAGGAAGGAACUUUCAGACACCAGGUCCACGAACUCCAUCGUCUGUACCAAAUUCAGAAGCUGUUGAUGUGGAAUACAAAGCCUGCUGCCAUGAAAAUGCGACGACAUAUGAAGCCAGAAACCGAGUUAUGGAAUGUAGAGAACGAGACAGCAUCUCACAGAAACUCACACAGGAGGCAACCUCUUUGUUCUCUUGAUCUGGAAGCCCCAGCAGAGUACAUCAGAAGGCACAAUGGAGAUGAAGAGAGUGAGUUGGAGCUGACACUUGCUACCGGAAGCAGCAGAUCUCAACGGAAGAGAAAAUAUGCUACGUUUACUUCAGAUUCAGGAUCAACCUUUUCUUCAUCCUCAAUUGAAUCUGGGGGUUUAGUCCCAGAUAUAUCCACCAGGUUCAGAAAUGAAGGAAAGAGUGGGCUCAACAUCGAGGAACAGAUGAGACAGGAUGCAGCAAAACAACCUCCUUGGCUCUUCCAAUGUACCAAACAAGACAUGGUGGCUUCUUUCAGAUUGUAAUGAUUCAUAUGAUUCUAGCUUUCUACCA